CUCUCUGCUGGCUCACACACUUUGAGGGAGGACAAAACACACGCUCACGCUGCUGGGGUUGGAAGCAGAAGGGAGAGCAGGAGGUGAAGAAAGGAAAGAGAAGAGAAGAAGAAGAGAGGAGAAGAAGAGGGCAGGAAAACGCUUACUUUGUGAUGGUGCCUCUGUCUGGGUGGUCAGACUAAAGCAGAAGUCAAAAGGGAAGGAGCGGUCAUUCUAUAGGAUUUUAUUUGCUUUAAGUCCUCACACUUGGGAGUGACUGUGGAAAGAAUGAGGUCCAGGACGAAUGGAAUGGAGUCUCCAGACAGCGGGCACCUGCAGGUCAAACAGCCCAGGAAAAGCUUCCAGAAAGAGAAGGAGCUCGGGGACAGUAUACAGGAGCUGAUGAAGCAAACCGUCACUGUUGAGCAGGAGAAAGAGAGGGAGAGAAAAGAUGAGAAUGUGGCUCCUGGAACGGUGAAGAGAGCACAGAAACCUACAGAUCAGUGCAGGAGGAAAGCAGGACUGAUGGAGCUUUCCAAAGAAGAGCUGGUCCGCCUGCUCAGCAUCAUGGAGGGAGAGGUACAGGCUCGUGAGGACAUUAUCCACAUGCUGAAGUCAGAGCGGACACAGCCUGAGGCCCUUGAGGCUUAUUAUGGCUCGGCUGCCCCCAUCAAACCCCUACAGGCCCUGCAGAGGGACAACCAGCUGACCUGUGACAGAGCUCCCCAGGACGACGUCUAUGAGAUCCCCAUGUUGGAGUUGGACCGUUUAGAGGAGAAGCACAGAGAGACGUACAGGCGCAUGCUGGAGCAGCUGCUCCUGGCUGAGAAGUGCCACCGCCGAACCAUCAAUGAACUGGACAGCGAAAAACGCAAACACACCGACUUCAUGAACAAGAGUGACGACUUCACCAACCUGCUGGAGCAGGAGCGCGAGAGACUAAAAAGACUGCUGGAGCAGGAGAAGGCGUACCAGGCCCGUAAAGACAAGGACCACAGCCGACGGCUGGAAAAGGUAAGAGAAGAGCUGGUGAAGCUUAAGUCCUUUGCACUGAUGCUGGUGGACGAGAGACAGCUCCAUAUUGACCAGAUCGAUCAGCAAAGCCAGAAGAUCCUGGACCUCAACAAAAAGCUGCAGGAGCGAGAGCAACAUCUUGAGAGUGUCUCCAACAAAUCCAAAGAGGAGAGUCAGAGGAUUCAGAAGUUGGAGGUGGAGUUAGAGCAAAAGGCUGCAAAGUUUGCGCUGGAGCACGAAGAGAUGACAGCAAAGUUAUCCAGUCAGGAAGCGCAGAGCCGGCAGUUACGCAUGAAGCUGGCAAGUCUGUCACGGAGAAUUGAGGAGCUUGAGGAGAGCAAUAAGGUGCUGCAGAAAUCUGAGGAGGAUCUUCAGGAGCUGAGGGACAAAAUCAGCAGGGGAGAAUGUGGAAACUCAAGUCUCAUGGCUGAGCUGGAGAACCUGCGUAAGAGAGUGCUCGAGAUGGAGGGGAAGGAUGAAGAGAUCACAAAAGCAGAGGCACAGUGUAAGGAACUGAGGAGGAAGCUGCAAGAUGAGGAGAACCACGGCCGUGAACUGAAAAUUGAAAUUGAAAAGUUGCAGAAAAGGAUGGUGGACCUGGAGAAACUUGAGGGAGCUUUUAAUGUGAGCAAGUCAGAGUGUGCCCUACUUCACACAAACCUGGAGCGAGAGAAGAAUUUGACAAAGAACUUAGCCAGGGAGCUUGACACAGUUAAAAAUCGUGUUAAAGAGCUUGAGUGCGCAGAGUCAAGGCUGGAAAAGGCUGAAGUAAGCUUGAAGGAUGAUUUGACAAAACUGAAGUCAUUUACUGUAAUACUAGUAGAUGAGAGGAAGAACAUGGCAGAGAGAAUUAAACAAGAAGAGCAAAAAAGUGAAGACAUGAGCAGGAGGUUCAAGGCUGAGCAAUGCAAGGUCAUGGAAGUCACGGAGAAACUGAUCGAAGAGAGCAAAAAGCUCUUGAAACUCAAGUCAGAGAUGGAAAUGAAAGUGUCUGCUCUCACAAAGGAGAAAGAAGACCUAAAGGCCAGACUUGUAAGUGAAGAGGAGAAGCGAAAGGAUCUCAGUGCAAAGGUCAGCCUAAUGCAGAAAAGAAUGGAUUGUUUGGAGGAAACUGAGAGAAAAUCCUUGAGAAGUAGGGUUGAUGUUGACAAGGCAAGUUAUUCUGAAGAGGACAACAAGGUAAAGGAGUUAACAGAUGAAAUUGAGAGGCUGAAGAAUCGUCUGAAGCAGCUUGAAGUUGUGGAAGGCGAUUUAAUGAAGACUGAGGAUGAGUAUGACUUGCUUGAAAAGAAAUUCAGAACAGAGCAGGACAAGGCCAACGCGCUUUCGCAGCUCUUGGAGGAAAUGAAGAUGCAGAUUGCCAGAAACAAAGCAAUAGAAAAAGGGGAGGCUGUGAGCCAAGAAGCUGAGCUAAGAUUGAGGUGCAAGAUGGAGGAAGCCAGAACCAGAGAUUUGCAGGCAGAUGUCUUGGCCCUCAAGGAGAAGAUUCAUGAACUAAUGAACAAGGAGGACCAGUUAUCUCAGCUUCAGGUUGACUACACCAUUCUCCAGCAGAGGUUAAUUGAAGAAGAGGACAGGAAGAGAAGUAUGAGCCAACAGAUCCUAAACCUCACCAAGGAGUUAGAGGUCACUAAGCGCUACAGUCGGGCACUGCGACCUAGCAUGAAUGGAAGGAGGAUGGUGGAUGUUCCCCUUACCUCAACGGCUGUGCAGACAGACGCAGAAAGUAGCGAAGUUGUUGAAGAGGACACUCCGGCAGUAUUCAUAAGGAAAUCGGUUCUGGAAGAAAAUCAUGUCAUGAGCAAUUUGAGACAGAAAGGCCUCAAAAAACCAGCAGUGCUGGAACGUUAUCCACCUGCAGCAACAGAGCUAAGUAUGAGAAAAUCAUGGAUACCCUGGAUGAAGAAGAAGGACGGGAUUAUUGAUGCACAGGAUGGCUCAGACAAGGGAACCCAUAAGAUUAAUGGAGAUGCAUCACCUGAGUUGACCAUGCCUCAGAAACCAGGGCAGCCGUUGCAUAUCAGAGUGACUCCAGAUCACCAAAACAGCACUGCAACAUUGGAGAUCACUAGUCCUCGUGCUGAGGACUUCUUCUCAAGCACUACCAUCAUCCCCACUUUGGGUUUACAGAAGCCUCGGAUCACUAUAGUUCCCAAGCCUACCACGGUAUCACCGAAGAGUGCAUGUGAUGGACCGGAGAGGACCAAGUCUCCAGUGACCAUUACUACCAUUUCCAGAGCUAAGUCCCCAGAUGGAAGCAAUGGCUCUUACUCUGACCGCCCAAUCUCCCCUGUCUCAGUCAUUACGGUCAGCACAACCCCUGUGGCCCAGGCGUCUGUCUCUCCAGAGCCUCACGAGAUGACCAUGGGCCGAGCCGUGUUUAAGGUGACCCCAGAAAAGCAGGCGGUGCCGAAACCAAUCCGCAAAUUUAACUCCAACGCCAACAUCAUAACGACAGAGGAUAACAAAAUACACAUUCACUUGGGUUCGCAGUUCAAGAGGACUCAGGAUGCUGGCAGCAGUCCACACACGCUCACAGUAAGGCCUCUUAGUGUGACCGCAGAGAGCAAGGAGACAUCUACCGGGACUGUCCUGCGCUCACCUCGACAAACCUCCACAUCUGCAGGGAAAACUGUCUCUGGCAAAAUGACCAGCAGCAUCACCAUUACCCCAAUAACUUCGGCUCCCUCCAGACCUACCCAGUCUGUGUCCGGGACGGAUGUGCAGUCAUCUAGGUCGGCAGCCACGCGAAUCCCUAUGUCAAAAGGUAUGAAAACAGGCAAAGCAGUUUUGGGCCUUGCCACAGUAUCCAGGAUAGAGACUCGCUCUGAGAGCCAGUCAAUGAAAAUUGAACUGAGGAAGUCUGCAGUGUUCAGCUCAAUAUCCACCACAGCUGGCAAGUGCUGAGGGCCCAGCACUUUCUGAUAGCUGCUAAGAAGGCCAUAGAAUUAACCUAAGCACUACUGACUAUCAUAGAAGGCACAAAUGCAAAAGAAAGGAAGCCAGACACCAUCCUCUCCACUGUUUAUGAUAAAUACAAAUGUGAACCUGUUGUAAAUAUGUGGUCUCAAAAGACCCUCCAGUGUAUAUACAGACCGUAUGACACUUCUCUGCAUGUCAUGGUUGGCUUGAAUGCGUCAUCUUUCUUCUCUACUACAGCACAAUGUUACUAACCCCUUAGCUGGGUUUUCUUCUGAAGCUGUUUUCAUUUAUCAUUUCACUCAUGUUCUGUUUGAUAUGAGAGUUGCUUGUGGAGGUUUCCAGGAAAAAAAAAUUAAUAUAAUACGUUUUCUUUGAUUUCAUCACAUCAAGAGUAAAUAAAUCAUUUUGGCUUUUUCAACCCUGAAUUUUGCUACUUUGCCUCUUUUUUCUUCGGGUCUCACACCAUUUUCAUGUCAGACUAUUAGAAGAUUUGUCAAUACAGC